AUGUUUGAAUUCAUAGGCAACAUGUUCAAGUCGAUUGGUGAGUUCUUCUCAGGACUUUUCAGCACCUUUUGGAGUGGCGUAUUCACCAUUGUGGCACUGAUAUGCCUCACUGUAGUGAUCGUAGCCCUAAUCAUCAACUAUCAAAAAAACCACCAGGUUGAGGAGAAAACAGUAAGCACCGAUGAAAAAGUAGUUUGA